CUCUCGAACCAGACCAGAGGGAAAAUAGGAUAAGCCCUCUACCCUGCUCUCUUUUCUUCAAUCCCUCCCUUCCUGCUCACUCUCCAAUGGCGACCACGUCAACCCUCUCUGCGACCCAUCUCUCCUCCCUCUCCUCCCACCACCACGACCACCACCACAGCCCCCGCGUAGUCCUCUUCUUGAAAUCCUCGAAGCCCUCCUCCGGUUUCCCCAAAUUCUCUCUCCUUCACUCCUCCUCCAUUUCAAGACCCGCCGCCGCCGUCGCCAAGGCUGGCGACAUCGACACUUCCUUCUUCGACACCGUCAACCCCGACGCCGAUGUCGCCUUCGACCCGCCCGCCCCGCCCGAGGGCUUCGUCCCGCCGCCGUCCUUCGACGACGGCCCCCUCGAGACCGAGGACGAGAUCGCCGCCGCGUACGAGGAGCUCUACGGGCCCGGGUACAGUGGGGUCAGCGUUCUGGGCAACGACAUCUCCGUGAUGGACUCGAAGGUGAAGAAGACGACCGGCUUCGGGAAGGUGAAGAGGGAGAAGGUGAAGGAUGGGUUCGACGAGCGGGUGGUUCAGGUGAGGAGGGUCACCAAGGUGGUGAAGGGAGGGAAGCAGCUGCACUUCAGGGCGAUCGUGGUCGUCGGUGACAAGAAGGGCCAGGUCGGCGUCGGCGUGGGGAAGGCGAAGGAGGUCAUCGCCGCUGUUCAGAAGUCCGCAGUCAACGCGCGGCGCAACAUCAUCACCGUGCCGAUGACCAAGUACCUGACUUUUCCUCACAGGUCCGAGGGAGAUUAUGGGGCGGCAAAAGUGAUGUUAAGACCUGCUUCUCCUGGUACUGGGGUUAUUGCCGGAGGAGCUGUGAGGAUAGUUCUAGAAAUGGCUGGUGUUGAGAAUGCUUUGGGGAAGCAGCUCGGGAGCAACAACGCCCUUAACAAUGCGAGAGCGACCGUCGUCGCGGUUAUGAAGAUGAGGCAAUUCCGCGACGUUGCUCUCGAGCGUGGAAUUCCCAUGGAAGAAUUGUGGAAGUGAUGGAGCCGGUGCGACAAAUCUGUAUGUAGCAUGGAUUCUUCUUCAUAAUGCCUUCUCACUAGUUCUUUUUUCAUUUCCAUUUUGUAAGAUAUGAUUCUAUUUUCCUUUUGGGGGGGAUAGAAUGCAAAAAAUUCAUCGUCGUUAUCUCGCUCA